AUGGCCCCUCGACCCGUUGUUCUUCCUCCUGCGACACCGGCACAGUGUCUUCUAGACAUCGCUUCUCGGUACAGCUAUCCUACAACUGUCAUCAUCACAUCAACAAAGGAGCAUUUCCUGGGAUCGCUACACGAAGAGGUCAGCAUGCAUGAAGAGCAACGAGCCCAUGACUCUCCCCCAACCCCAAUACUGUGCACGACUCUUCUACAAGUCGCUGCCUCUCGGCACAUUAGAGUCGUCUUUGUGUCUACAGUUACACACCUGCGCGUCUAUCUAUCCGUCUUUUCAAAGGAAGAUUCCAGGGUUCCUAAGCCUCCACGUCAGCGCCCAGGCCAGGAUUCCCACCCAGCUUUAAUAGUUUACGGCUUUCUCUGGCUCCAUCGCGACACUAGUGAGUGGUCAGCACAGGGACUCGGCGACUCUGCAGCUGCAUUGGUAGAAGCUGCAGCACGGAAUACACUCAGAGCUAUUGUGAUCGAACCGACCGCUGAUGCUGGUCCGACCCCGGACCCAAGUAGCAGUGCCAAGCAGGAAGAGCACUCACUCAAGGAACAUAUACCGCUGCUUAGCGAAAAGAAGGCUGGAUCCUGGACCGCUAGGACGGUUGAGUUGUACAGAGUUCUUGCACGCUGGUUUGAGAUUGAGCCUCAGACGUCGCACAGCAGCCAGCAAUGA